GCAGGCCAAGAGGUUAUCUUGUCGGUCUAGGACCCUUCUCCUCCUCCGCCUUCUUCUUCUCCGUUCACUUGACUUUGACCGUUACCUCUCCUGCUUCUUCUCUUCUUCCUAUACUUCUUCUCUUCAGACCAAAGCAUACCAAUGUCCCCGUUGUCCUCACCGCCAACCCUCCACCUACACACCCCUCCCAACCUCACACAGCCGAGAUCAUAAGCCAGAACCCAAACCAUGGCUACCACCUUUGAGCACGACAUUAUCCUGCGCGGCUACAGCAGGCAGGACUUCGAGACAGCAUCGAUCCGCUCUGCUGCCCCUUCCUAUGUCUCGGAGGCUCCCUCCUACCACACCACGAUCUCCAACGGCGAGACUAUCCCACCGUACUCACCGCCCUCCUCCUCGAACCACGCGCACAACAACACACCAUCGGCUGCCAGCGCAGUAGGCGGGCCCACCAAUACCACCGCCGCAGGGCCCAUCAGCAGCAACAGCAGCAACAACCACCACAACACCACCACCACCACCACCACCACCACCACAACAACCAGCCGCACACACAGCCUCCCGACCCUGCUGCCGUCCAACACAGCACACCUCUCCACGCCAGGCCUGCCCCCGAUCCCUCCCGCCCCGCGGCGCAGCGCCUCCGACGUGCCCACCCUGGCCGCCUUCCGCAUCCCCUCAUGGAGCAUCGUCAACACGAACCCGACAUACCAGCGCGUCGCCACCCGCCGCGCCCAGGCUGCCAUGUCCAGCGGGGAAGGACUCCUGCGCAACGCGGCCCGCGUGCUUGACAGGGUCAACGAGGAGGUCAGCAGCGCCGGGGCUGGUGGGUCGUCGUCGGGCUCUGACACCCCGCGCGGAGGCGGCGAGCGCGUCAGGCCGCUCGAGGAUCCAUACCUGGUCGGCGAGGAAGCGGCUGCCAGGGCGAGAAGGGAGAGGCUGGCUAGGGAGAAUGGGGAUGCGGUGCUGUAUCGGGAGGAUAGGAGGUGGGAUUUCUUUCUCGCCCAACAGAGGGAGCGUGACGACAACGAGCGCAGCUGGAACAAGUUCCGCCAGGGCCUAAGCAGCAACACGGGCUUGUCGCGCGGCCGACUCACCCGUCGUUUCACCUACCGUCGUUGAAGUCACGGCGCAACGGGCCGUUUCCCUUCAGUCGAGGGCUGAUUUCUUCUUGUCUCUAAGGGUGGCAUCUUCUUUCUGUCUUUUCUGGCCUCUGUUUGGGUCUAAUAGGGCGUUCUUUCUGGGACUAUGUGCUGGUUUUUAUUUGUUUGACUAUUUGCCCAACAGCAGCAGCAGCAGCAGCAGCAGCAGCAUGAACAUCAUAUGGUGCAUGUGGGUGCAUUCAUUCAAGCUGGGGGAUGAAACCUGAAAUGUUUUGACGACCUUGUAUGUUUCAAGAUCAAAUAAUGCCAAUGAACUAGAAUGCAUGCACAUUGCGAUAGGGUGAAAAAAGAAAAAUAAUCUGGCAUGAUUCCAAUCCC